UGAUCAAACGUGACUCGGUCAACCGAUCAGAUAAACCUUUCCUCAUAGCAUCUCUAAUUCUCCAAAAAUCUCAGAUCAAUGGAGAACAGUACAACCAACGAUGCACAACGUACCACCAUUCAAACCGGCGAUCGCAUAAAACUCAACGUAGGCGGCAAGCUCUUCGAAACAACAGUAUCCACACUCCGCUCCGGUGGGCCUGAUUCCCUCUUAUCCGCUUUAUCAAACCGGUCCACCAACAACCCGGUUUUCAUAGACCGUGACCCAGAAAUAUUCUCAGCACUCUUAUCACUUCUCCGGUCUAACCGUCUCCCAUCAACUUCCAAAACCCGGUUCACAAAUCAAGAACUCAUAGACGAAGCUCUUUACUACGGUAUCGAAUCAAAUCUCAGAUCUUCACUCGCCACGUGUCAUCUCAACGGCAUCGAUGCUUCACUUUUCACAACUAUUCGUCCUUCGUCUGACGGUGUUGUAACGGACUUUAACGCCGUUGAUAGUGAUGGGUCUGUUUGGGUGGCUCAUGGUGGACAGGUGUCGGUUUAUGAUUGGAGCUUAGCGCAUAGUGAGACUGUUCGGACUCAUCUUGAUUAUAUUAGUGAGAUUAAGAAGGUUGGGCCCGAAUUGUGUGGUGUCGGGUCGGAGUUUGAGUCGGGGCUCCAUUUUUAUAACCUGGCUAAUGGGAGACGGGUCGGGUCUGUCGAAUGGACCGACCCGUCUGACCCGAGGAUCUAUAAGGCGAAAGUCAACGCUAUCGUUGACUCGCCGGGUUCUUGUUUUGCUUCUUUCGAGUGUCAACAUAGAGAAAAUGUUGUUCUUUGUAUCGAUAAAUCGACGUUGAGAGCUGUUCAUGAGUUGGGGAGACAAUCUGGGAAUUCAGCAAAGUCAACUGUUGUAGGAAAGUUGACAUUUUUGUCUGAAAUUAAUGUUGUGGCAGGUGUUUCGGUUACUGCAGGAGCGUUUGGGUAUUCGGGUUAUGUCAGGUUGUGGGACCCCCGGUCCGGGCAUGUUGUUUGGGAGGCGAAUGAGCCUGGGUCGGGUAGGAGUAGUAGGUUUGGGGAUUCGUUUGCUGAUGUUGACUUUGACCUUGAGGAUAUGACAAUGUUCAAGAUUUGUUCGAAAUCGGGUGAUUUGGCAGUGGCGGAUGUGCGUAAAUUGAGCGAUGAUCCGUGGGUUUAUUUGGAAGAGAAGAAUCCGUGUAUGAGGCAUGGGGGUGGUGGGAGUAGUAGUUUGAAUAUUCAUUGUUAUAGAAAACAGGUGUUUGUGGGAAGAGGUGGAGAGUUGGAAGUGUGGUCGAGAAUGGCAGAAAAGGAAAGUGGUGAUGUUGAGGAGAGGGAAAGGGUGUUGCAUGAAGGGUUGUAUAGAAGGAAUUAUAUGGAUAAAGUGGAGGAUAAAGAAAGAGGGAUUAUAAAGAAGAUUGAGGGAGCUGGAGAUAGGUUGUUUGUUACUAGAGAAGAUGUUGAGGGGAUUGAGGUGUGGCAAAGUUCUCAGUUUUCUGGUGCUGUUUUAAAUUUGUGAUCCUGUGGAGCUGUGAACAUAUAAUAUAACAUAACAUGAAAGAUCGGUUCCAGAGGUUUGUCUGUAUCUUUUUGAGCUAUCGGGUUGCAGUAAGUUGGCGGUCAGAGUAAAGUUAGAAUCCAACCCGGACUAGUUUGAGAUUGAGCAUAGUUGUUGUUAUUGUAUCUUUUUAGCUGUCCAACUACAGCUUGCAAUGAUCAUCAAUGAAAUGAAUUCUGUAUUUGGUGAUUUCUUUUGGAUGUCAAGUUGAUCAAUCAAAGGAACAUAAAGUAGAUUGAGGGAGCUGGAGAUAGGCUUUUUGUUACUAGAGAUGAUGCUGAGAGGAUUGAGGUGUGGCAAAGUCCGCAGUUUUUUGGUGCUGUUUUUGAAUUUGUGAACGUGCCGAGCUGUGAGCUUCGCAUCUCUACAGAUUUUGAGUCAAUGCAGUGGUGGUUGGGACACUAUAUCGGCAAUAAUAAUCAGUUUCGUUGGCGUAACCGUGUUUUGUAGGUACUUUUAUGGGAAAGGCUUCAUGAAGAACUGUAGCUGUGAAUCGAUUGACUCGGAAGGCCUAUCAGUUUUAAGGUUCGACUUGCGUUAAGAGAGCUUUCAGAUGCUCAGGACCCUGUUAACUGCUAUUUUUGUGUUGGUAUAUAUGAGCUCACAUUGCCUGUUUCAUGUCCGAACAGAGGAGAGGGUUGCAAUAAGCUGAUGAUCAUAGUAAAAUUAGAAGCCAACUUGAGCUAUUAUGACAUUGAGCAUAAUUGUUGUCGUCUCUAUGGGUUGUAGUAGGUUGACAGUCAGAGUAAAGUUAGAAUCUAACCUGAUCUACUUUGAGAUUGAGCAUAGUUGUUGUUGUUAUAUCUUUUUGAGCUGUCCAACUACAGCUUGCAAUGAUCAUCAAUGAAAUGAAUUGUGUAUUUUGGUGAUUUCUUUUGGAUGUCAAGUUGAUCAAUCAAGGAACAACGUGCAAAAGGUUAAUAUGAUCAUGACAAUUACCUGAAAUUGGAUUCUUGUUGAUCCCUUUUGGACACGAUGUUGAUCGAUCAAGAACAAUGUGGAAAGGUGUUAUGCUACCAUGUAAUGGAAUAAAUUUGGUUUAUUGGUGAAUUUGGGCAUCCCUUAUCAAUAAAAAAUGGAAUCCAAGGGUGUUCGGAUAGUUGUAUCAGAGUGUUCUUGUUAGAGUCUAUGCAGAAGAAGUUGCUCGGGCGAUGGAAGUGAGAUGGAGGACAAAACUUCCCAACUUCCCACAAAAAGUUAUAUGCUUCUCCUGGACAGCCCUCAAAGAUGCCAGUCAAGAAUUGGGGCCUUACAAUCACUAGCCUAUAUUCUGUGCCUCUUCAUGGUUUGAUAUCCUGACCCAGGAUAACCUAUGCAGGAGGAAUUUUCAGUUGGUUGGUAGAUGCUACAUGUGGCAGAACAGCUCAGAGUCCAUUAAUCAUCUGUUUCUACGUUGUACAGUGGCUACAGACCUAUGUCAUAUGUACCAUUCAGCUUUUGGAAUCGAAUUUUUGACCAAAAUGGUAUCCGUUUAGGGACAAAUCCAAUAAAUGGCUUUGUCAGAA